GCUAAGCGUCAACAUAUUAGGAUGUAGGACUCUUACUGCUAACUCUUGGGCAUGUGCCUUCGUCUCGAUUCGGCGUUGCCAUUUAUUCCCGUGUUUGUGAUUAACCUGAAAAUAAAGUAACGCAUGGCUGGAAAUGGCUGCGACAGGGAUAGGAUUUGGAGCUUUCAGAAACGCGAGUACUGGGAUGGCAGAUAUAAGCAACGUUUAGACGGCAAUACUGACUUUAACGAAAGCACUUUUGACUGGCUUUGCACAUACGAUGCUGUGCGUGACUUCAUCGACCGGCACAUUGCUGGAGCAACGUUUGCGCUGGACAUAGGAUGCGGCAACGCGGAUUUUGCAGCGGCGGUUUGCGCUGCUCACCCCCACAUGUUCAUAACAGGCAUCGACUAUAGUCCCAUGUUGUUUGACUUAUGCACGAGCUCCAUCCGACCACGCGGUGGAUGGAUGCUGAUGGACGCCUGCGCACUUGCUUUCCGAGCGGGAAGCUUCGACGUCGUGUUGGAUAAGGGCUGCCUAGACGCCCUUUGUGCCGGUUACGACCAGCUCGCUGUGCUACGAGGCUGGGGCCGCGAUAUUACCGAGCAAGAGGUGGCCCUGGAGUCAGCGGCCGUAUCCAAAGUUGCGCAGCUGCUACGUGAGGUGGACCGCUGCCUUGCACCCGGCGGCAGGUACAUUUGCAUCAGCUACGAGGGGCCAGCCGGCCGUCAGCGCUUCUUCUCCGGCGCAGCUGCCUCGCCUCUCUCCCUGGAGCUGGUUGAGAGCUGUGUGGAGGAGGCCAGCCACAACUAUGUGUACGUGUUCAAGAAGAGAAGGGGCGUGGCAGCUCGGGCAGCCGGGCGGGGAGUUGCUUGUUAGCUCGUUAGCUGCCAGACGAGCGCGCAGACCUGCCUGCUGGGAUAGGUGGCAGGUGGCGAUGGGGGAAAACGAUAUGCGAAGUGAUGCAGGAUGUCACAUGUCCGAGGGGCAGGAGGCCAUGGGUGGCAGGUGGGCGCUGGCGAGGUGGGAGGUAAAGAGGAAAUAACUAACUGACCGUGUGAUAAGGCAGUGAGUGAGGAGCAACAGCUCGGAGGCACGCUGCAUGUGAGCAUGUGGUCCAGCGGGUGGUGGUGGGUGCAGGGGGCGCAGAUGCAUGGACCCAAUAUGACCCCGACCCAACUGCGAGGGUGGACUCGGAGAACUGCUCGAACGUGUGCCUGUGGCUGCUCAUGUGCAGCGCUGCUCGUGGUGCUGUAGGGUGGUAACGAUGUGGAAAGGAUGUGCUAAGACGCGAACGUGCGCCGUACAAAUAUGCUAAGCUGUAUACCUGGGCGGUGGCCUUGCCAAAUGUGCAAACUGGCAAAAUGGUCGGAAGUCCCUGCAGGGGGGCUAUAGGCAGGAUGGCUGUAGCGUGAUUCAUAUGGUGGGACGACGGGGGUGCUGUUGGUGCUUAGGUGUGUGAUGAGCCUGAGGAGGUGUUCAUGGUCUUCUGUUGAGGUUGCUGCUUGCUAACGUUGACAG